AUGGCCUGGGAGUGUGGAAGAGGAAGCAGUACACUGGCUUUUACUUUGCAGGAAGUAAUUGGCUUUGAAUCGAAUGGUAGAACUCAUCAAGGCCAGGAUAAGCAGGGAAAGCACAAUUUAUCUAAGGAUGAAGUAUUCCCUAACACGAGCCUCUCUCUUAACACAGACUCCGGCUUUAUCCCCUGGAGUAUCAAACGCCCACUCACUGUCGUCCCUAAAAGGCCUUUGGGCCCCCACCUCUCUUUAGGGAGCCCGUGGAUUGUGUGUGUAGCCUUGGCUCUCAGCUCCCUUUGGCCUGAGUAG